GGAACAUAUGUGGAGAGGAAUUAGGAAAGAAGGAAAGACGGAAGAGAGAAAGGCAACGAAAGUCGGCGCCUCAUGUCCCCGCCGACCAAUCAUAAUGUCGUUUUCAACCUCCUCCUCCUACCCACCCCUACACCUUAUUGUCGUUUAAUCUCCUUCUUCUCUAAUCAAUAAUCAUCUUAUUCUUAAACCCUUUCUAUUUCUCUCUUUUUUCAUUUGAUUUGAUACUUUUCUUUAACCUUUUGGUUCUUCCGAAUUAUAUUUUUUUCCCAAAAAACGGAAGAUUCCCGACUUCUAACUUCAAUUUCUCCCCUUUCGUUUUUCCUUCUUGUUCUUGAAUUUCUUGUACGACUCUCUUUUCUUUUUUGGGGGAAGGGUGUUAAUUAUGAAAGCUUCGGUUGAAGGAUCUACGCCUGAGAGGUUUGAUGAUGGGGAAAAGGACAAGAAGAAGAAGCGCCGAUCCAAUCGUCGACUUAAGCAAAACCCUCCCUCAUCCUCAGCAUCUGAAGUAAAUGAGACCCAUGGGAUGUCGUCGGAAUGUUUGGGUAAAAUUGAAACACCUGCUCAUACGACUGUGUCCUUGAGUAGUUCACUGAAGCAGCAGGGGCUCAAUGUUUGUUCCCCUAAUGAGCAAGGAUUAUCCAAAGCAUCAAAUGUCGCUUUCAUUUCAAUGCCCCCUAUGCAUAUCGAUGAGCAAGUGGAGCCUGUUGAUUUGCAGAACAUGCAAAUCCAUGGUGGAGGAAUUGGUUCAAGAACAUUUUCUGAGCCCAUUGGUUGUAGAGGGUCAUCAGGAACUAAUAAAAGCAAAGACUCGGUCCCUUGCAGUCAAAUCGGUCACUGUCCCCAGAGAAAUUAUUUUAGUCCACACUGGUCUGUAGAGGCUAUUGAGAAGGCAUUAGAGAAGGGUGAUGUUUUUAAAGCUCUCUUUCGUGUCAAUGCUCACAAUAGACUUGAGGCCUACUGCAAAAUUGAUGGAGUUCCAACAGAUGUUCUCAUUGCUGGAAUUCCGGCCCAGAAUAGAGCUGUGGAAGGUGAUAUUGUUGCAAUUAAGAUUGAUCCUUUGUCAUUGUGGACAAAAAUGAAAGGAUCAAACGGGACUAGCAACAAUACGGCAAUAUUGGAAGGUUGUAACCUUCUUAAGGAAGAUGAUGAAGUGGGUGGUAAUAUUUGUAAAGGGAAAGGUAAAGAGGAUGCUGAUCACAACUCCACCCCUUAUAGAAGUUAUCCUUGUCCUGAAAAAAGAUGUGUUUAUGAGGAUAAUGCUUCCAAGGAACUGGCCAGCCGUGAUAGUAUUGAUGGGCAUCACUAUGCUGGUUCCGAUUUUUUAAAGUUCAAUUCUCGUAGUGGACACAAAGAAGUAAUUAAUGCAGUGGAAAAGAUGUGUGUGUUGGUUAAUUCUUUCCCUUCUAAAAGACCAACUGGCAGGGUGGUUGCUGUUAUUGAGAGUUCUCCGCGUCGAGAGGGUAUUGUUGGUCAUCUUACUGUGAAACAGUGGGUUUCUUUGAGGGACAUAAGCAAAGAAGGUGCAAAGAACAAUAAAAAAUUGAUUUCUGAGCAUGAAUACAUCCAGCUGACUCCAACUGAUCCGAAGUUUCCAAUCAUGAUGCUUCUUGUUAGAGAAUUACCAAAGUGCAUUAAGAAAAGGCUGAAAAGUGGUGAUAUGACAGUUGAAAUGGAUCUGGUAGCUGCACAAAUUGAUGAUUGGAGUGAAGAAAGUCCUUUUCCUGAGGCUCACAUCUUGCAUAUUUUUGGACAAGGUGGUGAAGUUCAGAGCCAAUUAGAUGCAAUUUUGUUUGAGAAUGCAAUAUGUUUGUCUGACUUUUCACCUGAAGCUUUGUCCUGCCUGCCAUGUGUUCCUUGGGAGGUACCACUGAAGGAAAUGCAAAGUAGAAUAAACCUUAGAAAUUUGUGCAUAUUUACGAUUGAUCCUUCAACUGCCACUGAUCUGGAUGAUGCACUGUCAAUUGAGAAGUUACCUAAUGGAAAUUAUAGAGUGGGUGUCCACAUUGCUGAUGUAUCAUACUUUGUUGCACCUGACACAGCCUUAGAUAGUGAGGCUCAGUUCAGGUCAACAAGUGUCUAUAUGUUGCAAAGAAAGUUGCAUAUGUUGCCUGCAUUAUUUUCGGAGAAUAUUGGUUCGCUUAGUCCUGGAGUGGAUCGACUUGCAGUUUCCAUGCUCCUAGAUAUAAACCUUGCGGGGAAUGUUGUAGACCGUUGGAUUGGUCGUACUGUUAUACAAUCUUGUUGUAAGCUUUCAUAUGAACAUGCUCAGGACAUCAUUGACAAGGCUUUUGAUUUUGAACAUGCAGACUUUAUUGAAAAUGGCUAUCCUAAGGUGCAUGGCCGUUUUGAAUGGCCUGAUGUUAUUACAUCUUUGAAGAGUCUUUAUGAAAUUUCAAAUGUCUUGAAAUGCAAGAGGUUUAAUGAUGGGGCUCUGCGGCUUGAAAACCACAAAGCUGUUAUCCGGUUCGAUGAAAAUGGAAUUCCUUAUGAUAUUAUGCUUUCUGAACGGAAAGAGUCAAAUUUUCUUGUCGAGGAAUUCAUGCUUUUGGCCAAUACAACUGCAGCUGAAGUAAUAUGUAGAGCAUAUCCUGAUGGUGCAUUACUACGGAGGCAUCCUGAACCUAAUAUGCGGAAACUGAGAGAGUUUAUGGCAUUUUGUCAAAAACAUGGUUUAGAAUUGGACACAUCUUCAUCUGGUCAGUUCCAUUGGUCAUUAGAUCAGAUCAGGGAAAAGCUCAAGAGUGACCCUGUGCUUUAUGAUAUACUUAUUUCCUAUGCUACAAGGCCAAUGCAGUUGGCAUCUUACUUCUGUAGUGGAGACCUAAAAGACAAUGAACAUGAAUGGGGUCAUUAUGCAUUGGCUGUCCCGUUUUACACUCAUUUUACAUCACCUCUGCGACGGUAUCCAGAUAUUGUUGUUCACCGGACACUACUUGCAGUUAUAGAGGCUGAGGCUGAGGAAUUAUAUAUGAAGCAUCAGAAGGCUUUGCAGGCUUGCAAGGAAGUGGAAUUGCAAAAAAGAUGUUUGACUGGUAUCUUUGAUAAAAAUUCUGCAGAAUCCAUAGAAGUUAGGGAAGCAUUAUCAGCUGCUGCUUUGAAGCAUAGAGUUCCAUGUGCUGAAAAACUUGCAGAUAUCGCUGCUUAUUGCAAUGAGAGGAAGCUAGCUAGUAGAAAUGUUAAGGAUGCCUGUGAUAAACUUUACAUGUGGUUUCUCCUGAAGAAGAAGGAGGUCUUGUUAUCAGAAGCAAGAAUACUGGGACUAGGCCCAAAAUUCAUGUCAAUUUAUGUUCAAAAGCUAGCUAUUGAGCGACGCAUAUAUUAUGAUGAUGUUGAAGGCAUGACUGUGGAAUGGCUUGAGUCCACUUCCACUUUGGUGCUUAGCAUGUGUACUAAUAGACGUGCAUUUAGGAGGGGUAGCUCUUACAAGUGGAGGGCAUUUGAAGAAGUUGCAUUGCUCACUUGUCCCUAUAACCUAAAAGUUCCAAUGGAUAAUUCUAAUCAAAGUGAUGCAAUGAACGUGGAUGAUAGUAUAUCUACCAUGGACAGGGAGCCCAUUUCCGGAUCGGACACUUCAAAGACUGAAAUUGAACCUGCAGUUUUCCCGCUCACGGUGCGCCUUCUCUCAACAAUUCCGGUAGCACUUCAUGCUGUUGGUGGUGACGAUGGGCCCCUUGAUAUCGGAGUGAGGCUGUAUACGAGCUCCUAUUUUGGGUAAGUUGGUAGUUUUUAAGGGGCAGAUCCAGUUUGACCACAGAUUUUAUGCAAUGAAUCUGUCAGAGUUUCUUAUAAUGGAAUUGGCAUUUCUCCAUUGUAGAUUAAUGUAUAGUUGAUAGACAUAGGUGGGAAAAUUACAUGAUCUAAAUUUGCUAAUGCUCUAUGAACACGUUUAAAACAAAAAUUUGGGAGUAGGUGUGUAGAUAAAAGGUGGGGAUUCUGUUAUAGCUUUUAGGCGUUGGUGCUUGUUUCUGACAGAAGCCUCUUACUGGAAUUGGCGCUUGUUUUUGUUGGCCCGUUCCAUCUACUUAGUAUGCGCACUUAUUUGGUUCUCUUAUAGAUGCUGAGAGGCCAAUUCAUACUUUCUUUCUAGUUUGGUUUCACUGCAGCCCAAUAAUUUUUUUGAUUUUGGGUGGCCACUCUUUGUAAUCGUAAUUUGGUUUUUGAGACAUCUUUGAAUGUUAGUUUCUGACUUUGGUCAAACUUUGAAAUGGA